AUGCGUAUUUUCAUUCAUUCUUUCUUUCUUUCUCUUGUAACAUUUUCCUUCUUUCUAUUCCAUCGAUCUUUUAUUCGUCCUUUCUUUCGUUCUGUUUUUCUUUCACAUUCUCUUUCUUCAUUUCUUUCUUUCUUAAUAUGUUUUCUUUCUAUCUUUCUCUCUAAUGCUUUGUUUGUUUCUUUCUUUCAAACUCGACUUUUCUUUCUUCUUCUCUUUCUCACCUGGAUUUUGUUUGUUUAUUUCUUUCCAUUCUUUCAAACUCUGAUAUUCUUCCUUUCUCGCUAUAUUUGUCUUUCUUUCUAUUUUUAUUGCAUGGUUUUUGUUUCUUUGCAUAUUUCUAUCUUUCUCACUUUGCUUUCUUUUUUCUAUCUUCCUUGCUAUGUUUCUGUUUGUUUUUUUAAUCUUUAUUUCUCUCUUCUUUCCGAUUAUUUUUUCGUUUUCUACUCUUCCUUUCUAUUUUUGAUUAUUUUUAUUUUUUAUAUUCCUAUUUUUGGAUUUUUUUUUCAUUCGUCAUUCUGCGAUGUUUAUAUUCUUUCAUUUCUUUGGGUUUUCUCCGCCUUCUUCGCUACAUUAUUUUUUUCGUUUUUUUUUUCUCUUUAUUUGCUUUUCUUAUUUUUCUUUCUUUUGUCACGUUCUUACUUUCAUUUAUUUUACUUGCGUUUUCAUCAAUCGUUUCUCAAUUCCUGGUUUUUGAUAUUUCCUUCCGCUCUUCCCUCUCCCGUUCUUUUUACAACUUUCAUCUUUCUUUUCUUUCUUUCUUUCUUUCUUUCUUUCUUUCUUUCUUUCUUUCUUUUUUUCUUUUUACUCUCGUUAUUCGAUGUUAUUAUUAAAAACUCCACCACUUGCCUUCCUUUCGCAUACGUCUUUUCUUCACUGAUUUUCUCUAUCUUUUGUCUUUGUAAUUCUUACCCUCCUUUUUUCUUUCUUUCACAUUUUUAUUCCUAUCCUCGCUUCUAUUUAUCUAUCUCCUUUCUUCUUUUACUUAUCUUUUCCAUAAGACAUUCAUAUCAUAUAAGUGCAAACAACUUACCUCUUAUUUCUACCCGAUUUAGUUAUUCUUUCUUUCUCGCAAUAUCUUUUUCUUUCGAUCUUUCUUGCAUGGUUUUUGUUUCUCUCUUUCUCAGUAGAGUUUUCUUUCUUUCUACCUUUCUGACUUGGUUUUGUUUUGUUUUUUUGUUUUUUUUUUCUUUCUUUUUACUAGUUUUUUCUUUCUGUCUUCCUCGCUGUUUUUGUUUGUUUUUUCUUAAUUUCUUUCUUUCAACUGAUUUUUUCCCUUUCUUCUCCUCCUUUCUAUUUUUGAUUAUUUUUAUUUUCUUAUAUUCCAUUUUCCUAUUUAGUUUACGGAUUUUUCUUUUUCAUUCGUCUUUCUGCGAUGUUUAUAUGAUCUUUCAUUCUUUCAACUCUCCUUUUUCAAUGUUAGUAUUAAAAACUCUACCGUUUCCCCUUCUUUUAACAUACGUCUUUUCCCCUCCUUUUCUCUAUUUUUUUGUCAUUGUAUUUAUUUCUCUUCUUUUUCUUCUUUCUUUCACAUUUUUCUUCCUCUCUUCGCUUCUAUAUUUCUAUUUAUUUUCUUCUUUUACUUAUCUUUUUUCUUGGGACAUUCAUUUCAUAUAA